UUUACCUCUUAUUUCACCAUAAAGUAUCUACGCUCAAACGCUGCAAUCGUCGUGACAUACUAUUGGUUCAAUGCACUACUGCUGCGGUCGCUGCGAUGCCUGCAUUCUCCCUCUCCUAUACGCUCGUCUACCUCCACGGACGAUAAGCUUGUACAUGGCGCUACUCUCUAAGCUGGUUAUGCACCGACUACUGAUAUUAUGCGAGGACCGCGCCGCAAACGUACCCCGCAAAAACCCGCGUCUUGGCAUCGUUGUCAUACAGUUCUUCUUCACGUUCGAUGAACAUCUUUCUAGAAGACACUACCUUCUAAUUGCUCAUCUCUUGCGCUUUCAAAGAAGAUGGUUUUGGAUAUCUCUCCAUCACUGGGUGUCCAAGAUUUGUUGGCAGCUGGACGUUCCGCGGCUGAUUUCGUUAUGUGGCGUGGGCAGCCCAGUCUCUAGGUCCCCUAGGUCAUGACGCCUCCAUAGCUUAUAACGCCUCAAAAUCCUUUUGCAUUAAAUCCCUUGCAAUCUGCGCCUCGGUAUCGCGAACCCUUGCUUGUCCGUAUAGUCGGGAUGUAUCGUGCGAUAUUUUCCUUUCGUUGG